AAUUAAAAAAGUAGCCGCUGUCAUUAGCCACCACAAAAAAACGAUUGCGCUUCGCUUCUCUUUUGGAAUUUAUGGUACUGUAACAAGGCUUGCUUUUGUUUCGCACCGGAUUAAACUUGAAAAUAUCCUCACAAAACUCAUCAACAAUCCGCGGUCUGCAUUUCAUAACGUGAAACGAGAAAAUUUAAAUGUUUUCACCGGUGCGUCGUUGUUUUUUGGAUCAAUAUCACCAUGUCUGAAUAGCGUCCAGCUAGCGUCGAAACCAAAUGGAGACGAAAUCUGGCGUUGGCAUACAAGAUCAUUGGAUGAAAAGUAUGAUGGAACCGGCUGGUGGUGAUAAAAACGAUAGUCGUUUAGUGAAGAGAGAGAAAAUGGGUGAAUCUUACAAUGGACCGGAAAAUGUGACAUACGAAAUGAAACAACAGCAGAACGAGACCAGGUACCGUUGCGAUGUGUGCGAUUUAACAUUUGAGGGUAUGGAAUUUUUAAUAUUACAUAAAAAGUUUCAUGGAAACGACAAAGAUGCGCCCAUUCUGGAGCCAGAGCCCACUGUCUCCAAAGAGGGACCAAAGAAACGUCGCAAGUUUAAAUGUGACCAGUGUGAUGUGAAGGUCAACUCGCAGUAUCAUUUAGACAUACACCGCAGUAAACAUGAAGGCUCUACAUCAAAGAAGUUUAUCUGUGAAGUUUGCGAUAGAAGUUUUGUUGCUGCUCAGUUCUUGAAAAGUCAUAUGCAAACUCACUCGUCAACUAGCACUAUAAAUUGUGAGAUAUGCAACAAAAGUUUUACCGGUCAAGCUUAUCUCAAACUCCAUAUGCAGCUACAUAAUGAUAUCAAGAAAUUUAAAUGUUCAAAAUGUGAUGAAAUGUUUCCUACAAAAAAUUGCCUUAAAAUACAUAUGAAGAAGCAUACGAAAGUGAAAAAUUUCAAAUGUGAUUACUGCCACAAGCAGUUUGUAUCAAAAAUCACAAUGGAGAAACAUAGACAAACUCACGAAGGGCAGCCAGUUGAUUGUCAUGUGAAGUGUACGCAAUGCGAUCGAACAAUGCAUUCGUCUUUAUUGAGGACUCAUCUCGCAAGAGCUCAUCCACCAACAGUGGAUGAUGAUGUGAAACGACCACACAAAUGUUCCACUUGCGGCAAGAGUUUCAUUGUCAAAAUUAAUUUGAAUCUUCACAUACGUGUUUGCCACCCAGAUUUGGCUGAACCUGAAGACGAAGAGGAAGAAGUCAUGACCGACAAUUCUUAGCUUGUAAUAACUAAGACAUAAUAACUGAUACUUUCAUGUAUUAUUAAAUAAUUAUACUUUUUUAUGCUAACCAACUAUUUGUAAUUAUACAAACUCUAUUUUUCAAUAA